AUGGAGGUAGCUAAUUACGCAGCCGAGAAUCCUUCAGACGCCUUUGCGAAUAGGCGUUUUGAUCCGAUGUUUAAAACUAAACGCACCAUUCUCCAUGAAAGGAAACAAGAAGUCAUACCAGACAUCAAUAAAUCAAUUUCGAUAAAAGAUGGAGCUGAAAGACUCGCAAGGGUGUCUCGCCAUAAACGAGAUAAGGCCAGGGCUGCCGUGGAAGCCGACACCGAAUACUCGAAGUUAAAAAUUCUCAAAGAUCAACUCGACUCUCUUAACUCGGAAUUUUCUAUUUAUCAAACCAUAGGGUGA